CCAAGCCCAAGUACAAGCAGGUCGAGGCGUCGAGCCUCCACCUCCAGACUCCCGCCUGCCAAGUGCCAACUGCCAAGUGAGUUUCUGCAGCCAGCCUGCAGAAGGCACAUAAUCAACAGGCUGUGUUCAAGGUCAUCAUGUCGUCUCCCAGCACGGCCACCGCCAUAACGGCUAGUGCCAGUCCAGCGGCCAUGCAAGAAACCAGCAACAAAGCAACGACGAACACCACCACUAUCGCCUCGCCGACGACGGCGGCGCGCUACCGGCGGCCGUCGCUCCUGGUCAUACUAAGCGCCUGCCUCGUGCUCAUGGGAGCCGGCGGCCCGCUCCUCCUCCGCGUCUACUUCGUCCACGGGGGCAAGCGCCUGUUCCUGUCCGCCAUGCUGCAGAUCUCCGGGUGGCCCCUCCUCCUGCCGCCCAUCUGCGUCUCGCUCUACCGGAGCCGCCGCCACGGCGUGGCGAAGAAGCUCCUCCUCCCGCCGCGCCUCGCCGGCGCCGCGGCCGUCCUCGGGGCGCUCUACGCCGUCUCCUGCUUCGUGUACGCGCUGGGGUCGCAGGCCCUGCCGCUGUCCACGUCGUCGCUGCUGCUGGCCACGCAGCUCGCCUUCACCGCGGUGUUCGCGUUCCUCUUCGUCGGCCUCCGCUUCACGCCCUUCUCGGCCAACGCCGUCGUGCUGCUCACCAUCGGCCCCGCCGUGCUGGGCGUCGGGCCCGGCUCCGGGAAGCCGGCCGGCGAGGCCUCGAGGACGUACUGGACAGGGUUCUGCGAGGCGAUCGCCGCGGCUGCGCUCGCCGGGCUUGUGCUGCCGCUCGUCGAGGUCGCCACGGCGCGCUACGGCCGUCGGACGGGACCCGCGGCGAGGGUGCCGCCGCCGUACGCGACCGUGAUGCAGAUGCAGGCUGUGAUGGGCGCAGCCGGCACGGUGGUGUGCCUGCUUGGCAUGGCCGUCAAGAGCGACUUCCAGGCGGUGGCAAGUGAGGCCGCCACGUUUGGGCUUGGCGAGACCAACUACUACCUGGUGCUCGUCUGGGACGCCGUCUCGUGGCAGCUGCUGAACCUGGGGAUCGUGGGGCUCAUCACCUGCGCCUCCUCGCUCCUCGCCGGCAUCAUGAUCGCCGUCCUCCUGCCGCUCUCCGAGGUCCUCGCUGUCAUCUUCCUCCACGAGAAAUUCGAUGGGCCCAAGGGCAUUGCGCUCGUCCUCUCCCUUUGGGGCUUCGCCUCAUACCUCUACGGUGAGAAGGCGCAAAGCAAGAUGCAGCAGACUCAGAAGAUGGAGCAGCAGUUGGCCAUCAAGACAGACCUGGAAUCAGCUGCUCCUUGAGGGUCAAUGGUUUUUGUUGUGUGAUGUCUAGGGUUGUGAACGCAUAUAUACAGACAGGCAUAGAAACAAGUUCAGAAUAUAGGACUACAGGUACAGUUAUAUACAUUUUGUGACAUAGGUUCAUUCGCAGAGAAAACGAAGUGCUACGAUUGUAUCGAUUAAAGAUUCUACAGU